AUGGAGAACAUCCAAAACUCUUACUCAGCUAGAAGUCAUUUAAUAAAUGAUAACUCUAGCGGGAACUCUGGGAGUGAUUACCUAUCAUCUCCGAUUUCUCAAAAGCUUCUGAAAUUAACAACACUUUCAUUAUCAGGACUUUAUAGUCACAUUCACCGACUCGAAACCCGCGAGCACCUUAAAAGAGUCUUAGCUGGAGGAGAAGAACUCAAAGAAGGGCGAUAUUAUGUCUACGGCCUCAUUGGGAGCGGUUCAUUUGGAAAAGUCGUCGAGGCUUUCGACCGUGAACGCAAUGAAAAAGUCGCUAUCAAGAUUAUUAAACACAAACUUAAAUUAGCGAAAAUCGCACAACGAGAAAUUGAUACAUUAAAAAAAUUAAAUGAAUAUGAUCAAGAAAAAGGGUACAUUGUCAGAAUGCUUGACCAUUUUGAAUGAAAUGGCCACACUUGUAUUGUUUUUGAAUAUUUAUCAAAAACUUUACUGCAGCUUUUACGGGAUACUGACUUUAAAGGACUUUCUUUAUCAGAAGUAAGGGAUUUCGCGUGGCAGCUUGUAUUGGCGCUCUGUUUAUUGUCUCGUCCGAAAUUGAAAAUAAUUCACUGCGACUUAAAGCCAGAAAAUAUCAUGCUAAAAGUACCAGACCGCUCAGGAAUAAAGAUAGUGGACUUUGGAAGCUCAUGUGAAGUUGGAAAAACUAUUUAUAAAUGUGUGCAAAGCAUGUAUUACAGAGCUCCAGAGGUCAUUUUAGGACAAACAUAUGGGGCUUCUAUAGAUGUAUGAAGUGUUGGAUGCAUUUUAGCCGAAUUACAUAUUGGGAGACCUUUGUUCUGCGGAAGAACUGAAAUUGAUCAGAUGGCAAAAAUAACUGAGAUAUUAGGGAUGCCACCAUAUUCUAUGAUAUUUUUAAGCGAAAAAAUCCAUACAUUUUUCGACGUAUCUGGGCCACCUAAACUAAAGCAUGAGCCAAUUCAUGAAGACCCAAAUAAACAAUACCCAAAAUCAUUAAAAGAGGCACUUGGCAUUCAUAUAGUGAAAAAAGACGCAGAAAAAUACCAAAAUUUCUUAGACCUUAUCCAAAAAAUGCUUGAAUACAACCCAAAUAAGAGGAUAUCACCUAUAGAUGCUUUGGAGCAUCAGUUCUUCAAAGAUGUAAGAUUUAUUUACUCCCCCCCUUUAAAUUGGAACAAAAUAUAUAGUAAAAUUUCUACUUUUUUGGUAAAUUAACCCCCCCUUAAAUUGGAACAAAAUUUAAUUUUAUAAUAAAAAAAUUUUAUAUAUAGCAUCAUAAUGUUUAUGUAAAAGGUUUUGAUAUAAUUUAAAUGUUUCUUCUUAACUAAAAUUAAAAAUUUAGUUAUAUCUUGCUCUUGUUUAAAGAAGAGAGUAUAAAUAGCAUCUUAUUUGAAUAAAUCUAUUAUCCUUAAUUUUAAAUUUUUCAAAAAAUAUUUAUAUUUUUUAUUUAAAUAAUUUUGACAUAAAUUCAAUGCAAAUUCUUUACAAAAAUUCAAAAUUUACUUAUUUCUUGCUUUAUUUUAAAGAUAGUGUAUAAAUAACAUCUUAUUUAAACAAAAUUAGCACUUUGAUCGAUAAUUUUUUUUUUAUUUUUUUAUCAAUAAAAAUAAUAAUUUUUGUGUAAAUAAUUUUGAUGCAAUUAAUAGUAGCGUAUUAACUAAUAAUGAAAAUUUAGUUAUAUCUUGCUUUUUUUUAAAGGAUAAAGAGUAAAUAGGAUUUUAUUAACACAAAUUUAUUAAUCUAAUUUGAUAAAUUUUUGAAAUUUUGUUUUUAUAAAAAAUUUUCCCUUUUUUUGAGAACAAAAUUUUUUCGUUUUAAUUUAAAGGGUGGGGGGAUUUAGGGAAAUAUUGAUGGGGUGAUCAAAUAUCAAGCACCUCCAUUGAAGCAUGUGGAAAAUCCAGUAAAAAGACCUACAUCAUUAUCUAUGAUCCAUAGCUCUGAAGUUCCAUGGCCAAGCAAUAAUUUCCCCUGCUGUGCACCUAAAAAGUAUGACAAUCGCUAUAAAAUUCCUUGAAAACCAUUUGUUUAUCCUUCGCAAGGAACAGUGAGUACGAUGGAUUCUCAUGAUACUUCUCCAUAUUCUAAGCAGUCAACAUCUGGCUCUCAAGCAUUAAUAUUUACAUUAAUUAUAGUUUAGGGCUCUCAGUCCUUUUACGUCUCACCCAAGGCGAGUCUUUGUAGGAGACUCUUCAGCAGCUAGCGAACCUCACUGAUUAUGUCAGUAUUUCCACCAGAGAUAGCUAUCCUCCGGCUUUCAACCUUGCUCUUAAUGCUGUUCGGAGCCAUGAAGUAUGCAGAUUUGGGACUUGACAGCUGCUGCUUGAGUGACUAGAGCUCUAGUUAAGGAUAAACUCCCUAGCUAGCAUCGGUAUCAACUAUGCCUUCAUCUUCGGCACUAGCAGUCUCUAGGGGUAAAAGCCUUUUUCCAAAUGUUCAUCGGAAAGACACAAGGCCUAAUUGCCGGAUGAGGGAGAAAACAACUGGAGCGCAAUGCCCAGUGCCCGUAGACUCCGUUUCCUGCUUGGUUUGCUUCGGACUGCAGCAAGUUCCCCAGGCUCUAAACAGGUCAGAGAGAGGACGGGCCGGCAACGUUGCAAUUUUAUUUGUGUUCUAGCUCGCAAGCAAGUUCAUGAUAUCAAUCUCCAUUGCGAAUUAACUCUACUGAAGAAAUUGAAAUAGCUUUGAAAAAUGCUUAUGGCAAUGGAAAUGUGAUUGGAAGGCCAGCUUCUCAUAAUAUGAUGCAAAAUAUAUAUGUGACGCCAGUUAAUAAUAGUUUGAGUUCAAGACCUGCAUCACAUGAUAUGAUGGGAUUUCCAGAUGUAAGCAAAAAUGAAUUUUAA